AUGAGUGCUCCCAGCAGACCGAUGGAGCUGGAGGAUUGGGAGUACGUGAAGCAAGGUAUUGUCCUGUGGCUCAACAACAUGCCGCAAGCGGCCGAGGACAGCUUCCAGGAUCGACCCUCCAGUGUGCACAUUGUGGCCGGGCAUACCUUCAUCUCUUUCAUGAACGCCGUUAUAUCGUGGGAAACGGAAAAGAUGAACGAAGCCCAAGCGCGCCUCAGGGAACUUGAGAAGCAAUGCGCGGGCGAUGUUGGAUGGCUGAAGUCGGUCCGCUCGAAACUCUUCGGUAACAACGUGACCCAAAAGUCGCUCAUCGAAAGCCUCGAGGAACAGAUCAUACUGGCCGACAGCCAGCUCUGUCUCGCUAUACUGGUGUCGCUGAGUCAGGACAUCAGCGGCUUCAUGAAGGGAGGCUGGCUGUUGCGCAAGGCAUGGAAGGUCUACCAGCACACGUACCAACAAAUCUAUCGACUCUACACCGGAACGCUGCCGUCCGAUGGCGGCGCCGUCCCGCAGGCUCCGAUCAGAUACCAACAGAAUGCGGCUGGCCUUGACCUCAGCACGCCGUCCUCCACCGAUUGGACGGUACCGAAUUCGACGCUACAAACGCCGGACGCCGGUUGCGAGUGGUACGCGCCGCCCAACUCACUGGACCCCUUGCGUAGGUCGAAAACUAUGACUUUCGAGGCAGCGAACAAGGUUCCGAACGGGGACACAAACUCAUCGAGCGAGGUGACUUCCAGCAGCGGAAGCGUGAAGAAGAGCUACACGGCGAAUUUUGAAGAAAUGACCAGCCCUUCAGGAGGUACCGGAUCCAGCAUGGAGUCGCUCGAAGACAAUCCCGCGGGGACAAUGGAGCGUACGAGAGAACAGCUGACACUGGAUUUAAAUUCGGUUAAGGUAUCUCGGGGGCUCUUUUCAAAUGGGUAUGUCCCGAGGGGUGUUCCGGAAACCGAUACCGAUGGCAGGUGGGUGAACGUGGCGAAGUACGGCUUCAAAUCAGUACCACUUCGACCGGAGGACAUUCAACGGCUGAUGGGAGCGAUCAGUUUCGGGUACGGCGUGUUCCAGCUGAGCAUAUCCUUGCUGCCACCGAGUCUCCUGAAACUGAUCAGCUUUCUCGGAUUCGAGGGUGACCGGACGAUGGGAAUCGCCUGUCUCAGCUUUUCACGGCACAGCGACGACAUGCGCGCCCCACUGGCCACACUUGCCCUGCUCUGGUACUACACCAUCGUGACGCCAUUCUUCGCGCUCGACGGCACGAACCUGAGCCUCGAGAUCCAGGCCGCCCAGCAGCUAAUUGACGAAACGGCGGAACAGUUUGCUAAAUCAUCUCUCUUCCUCUUUUUCCGUGGACGGGUCGAGCGGCUGAAGACCAACAUCCCGGAAGCGAUCCGGGCGUACGAGCGGGCGUACCGGUCGUCUGCUCAGCGGGAAAUAAAGCUACUGUGUCUCCACGAGAUCGGAUGGUGCCGGUUGAUACAGCUCGACUACGGGAUGGCGAUGCAAAAUUUCAAAGAACUCAAGAUGUGCAGUAAGUUCUCCAAGAGCUUCUACUCCUACUUAACGGCCAUCUGCGAGGGUGCGUUCGGCCAGUUUUCGAAUCUGACCCGGUGGCGUACGGACAUCCUGGAAAUGAUAAGCCGUUCCCCGCAGAAGGAUUCGCAGAUCGAGAGGUACAUUUUUCGGCGCUGCCUGAAGCUGCCCCGAGCGGUCAGUGGACCGCAGACCAAAUUUAGCACCUCGCUGUACUGGAAGUAUCUCGUGUUUGAAAUGCUGUUUCUGUGGAACGCGCUGACCAGCUGUAGUGUGGAGCAGCUGGAGAGCAUCGCGGCGGAUUGCUCGCAACCCGUCGACGCCAACAACGAACCGAUGCUGGGCGUUUCGCGCCUCAUUCUUGGGGCCUGCCUUGCCUGUUUGGCACGCUACGAUGAAGCAAUACUGGCGUACCGCGAGUGCAUUGCGAUGCGUGCCGAAGCGACCGAACAGCAGCAGGACAUUCAUGUGUCCGCCUUUGCGUACUACGAGUUGGCCGUGUUAUUGCUCCGGGGUCCACACCGGGACUCCGGUGACGCCGAGCGACUCGAAGCACGUCAGCUGCUGGUGUACGCACAGCAGAACUUUAAAAACUACGACUUCGAUAAUCGCGUCAACGUACGCAUUCAUGCCGUGCUGAAGAAGCUGGAUUCAUGA